AUGAAAGAGAAAUCGGGAGAACGUAAAGGAUGUUCGUACAAAGAGUUCAUGGCGUGUAAACCGCCAAUCUACAACAGGAAGGUCGACCCGAUAAUAUGCCAAAGAUGGUUAAGCGAUGUUGAAGGAGUGUUUGAAAGGACCAAUUGUGAUGUAAGUGACUUUGUUGCUUACGGAACGGGUCAGUUGAGGGGUCAAGCCAAAGAUUGGUGGGACAACAAGAAGAAGGAAAUAGGAGCCGAAGCGGCGAGGGUUAUGACUUGGGAUGAGUUUAAGGUGCUGUUCCUUAAACACCAUAGUCCCAAAGCGGUUAUUAACAGAAUUAAGGAAGAAUUCAUCCAGCUAAGACAAAAGGGUGAAACAAUCGAUAAGAUCACGGGUACCUUUAUGGAUAAGCUGAGAUUCUGUGACGAGUUGGUCACCACGGAAGAGCAGAAGAUAUACUACUAUUACAACAUGCUGAGUGCUGAGUACCGGGAGUUCAUGACUCCCUCAAAGUAUGAAACCCUCACAGAAAUUAUCAACACCGCCCGGGAGCGGGAAAUUGAAUUGAAGAAACAAAUUGAGAGGGGCGAGCGAAGGGCACAAGAUGUGAACCCAAGCCCUACAAAGAAAGAUCGAACUGUUGAAUCGGGAAAGAAGGAGGAUGUGAAAGGCGGGUCGCCGAGUUGCAAGGUAUGUGGAAAGGGGCACAAGGGUGAGUGCCGCUUCAAAGGCAAGCCGUGUCCUAUAUGUGGGAAGACGGGACACACCGCAUCAUUAUGUCCGGGAAAGGUUUCCAUUUGCUAUAAAUGUUAUCAGCCCGGCCACAAAAAGUCUGAAUGCCCAGACUUAGUUGGAAGGAGAGACGUUAAAGAAUCUCUAGCAGAAGCUCCAAAAGCGAAGGCUAGGUCCUUCCAACUUACCGCGGCUGAAGCGAAAACAUAA